CUACAAUCCAUUUCCACAUCCAGAAUCCAAUCCAAUGAUCUAAUCACAAACGUUUUUAAGAUGGCGUCGACUCGUAGGCGCGUUGUGCAGACCGAGGAUUUAUCGAACGUAGAGUUUGAAACCAGCGAAGAUGUGGAAGUCAUCCCGACAUUCGACGCAAUCGGACUCAGAGAAGACCUUCUUCGUGGAAUUUAUGCCUACGGGUUCGAGAAGCCGUCAGCCAUCCAGCAGCGCUCCAUCAAGCCCGUCAUCAAGGGACGAGACGUGAUUGCCCAGGCCCAGUCCGGGACGGGCAAGACGGCCACCUUCUCCAUCGGCGUGCUGCAGACCAUCGACACCCAGAUGCGGGAGACCCAGGCGCUGAUACUCUCUCCCACCAGGGAGCUGGCCGGACAGAUCCAGAAGGUGAUCCUGGCGCUGGGCGACUACAUGAACGUCCAGUGCCACUCGUGCAUUGGGGGCACCAACCUGGGGGAGGACAUCCGCAAGCUGGACUAUGGGCAGCACAUCGUGUCUGGAACGCCAGGACGUGUCUUCGACAUGAUCAAGAGGAGGAAUCUGCGCACCCGUUCCAUCAAGAUGCUGGUACUCGAUGAAGCCGACGAAAUGCUCAACAAGGGCUUCAAGGAGCAGAUCUACGACGUGUACCGGUACCUGCCCCCGUGCACCCAGGUGGUGCUCAUCUCGGCCACCCUGCCCCACGAGAUCCUCGAGAUGACCAGCAAGUUCAUGACGGACCCUGUGCGCAUCCUCGUCAAGCGUGAUGAGCUGACCCUGGAGGGCAUCAAGCAGUUCUUUGUGGCGGUCGAGAGGGAGGAGUGGAAGUUUGACACCCUGUGCGACCUGUACGACACCCUCACCAUCACCCAGGCCGUCAUCUUCUGCAACACCAAGAGGAAGGUGGACUGGCUGAGCGAGAAGAUGCGCGAGGCCAACUUCACGGUGUCCUCGAUGCACGGCGACAUGCCCCAAAAGGAGAGGGACGCCAUCAUGAAGGAGUUCCGCUCGGGCUCCAGCCGGGUCUUGAUCACGACGGACAUCUGGGCCAGGGGCAUCGACGUCCAGCAGGUGUCUCUGGUCAUCAACUACGACCUUCCCAACAACCGAGAGUUGUACAUCCACAGAAUCGGCCGUUCGGGACGUUUUGGACGCAAGGGCGUGGCCAUCAACUUUGUGAAGAACGACGACAUCCGCAUCCUGCGUGACAUUGAGCAGUACUACAGUACCCAGAUCGACGAGAUGCCCAUGAACGUUGCUGACCUCAUCUAGAAGCCUCCCCACCCUGGCUGAAUCAUUCAUCCUCUGUACAGACUUAAAAUAAAUGGCUCAUCUUGAUUGGAA